AUGGGAGGACUCGACGAAGCUUUCAUCCAAGCUCCAGAACACAGACCAACCACUCAUCUCACGAACUCCGGUGAUUUCAUUUUCUCCGACGAGAUCCCGACCAUCGACCUCUCUUCUCUCGGAGAUCCAGACUGCGACAAGACGGCGAUCGCGACAGAGAUUGCAAAAGCUUGCGAGAGAUGGGGAUUUUUCCAGGUGAUCAACCACGGCUUGCCGUCGGAUUUAAGGCGUCUGGUAGAGAAAGCAGCGGCGGAUUUUUUCAAUCUAGCGUCGGAGGAGAAGAGAAGAGUGAAAAGGGACGAAGUUAAUCCUAUGGGUUAUCACGACGAGGAACACACUAAGAACGUUCGAGAUUGGAAAGAAAUUUUCGACUUCUUCUUGCAGGAUCCGACGAUCGUUCCGGCGACUCCGGAGCCGGAGGAUACCGAAUUCAGAAAGCUCACGAACCAGUGGCCUCAAAGCCCUUCUGAUUUCAGAGAGGUGUGCCAAGAAUAUGCAAGAGAAGUUGAGAAGUUAGCUUUCAAGCUUUUGGAACUUAUCUCGCUUAGCUUAGGUUUGUCUGGUGAUCGGUUAAAGGGUUACUUCAAGGAGCAAACAAGCUUUUUGAGGUUCAACCAUUACCCUUCUUGCCCGAAUCCCGAGCUAGCAUUAGGCGUUGGACGACACAAAGACGGAGGAGCUUUAACCGUCUUGGCCCAAGAUAGUGUAGGUGGAUUACAAGUGAGCCGUAGAUCGGAUGGACAAUGGAUCUCAGUGAAACCGAUCACAGAUGCUUUGAUCAUUAACAUUGGCAAUUGUAUGCAGGUGUGGACAAAUGACAAGUAUUGGAGUGCAGAACAUAGAGUGGUAGUGAACACAAGCAAAGAGAGAUUCUCAAUACCAUUCUUCUUUUUCCCAUCGCAUGAAGCCAACAUUGAGCCAUUGGAGGAGCUUAUAAGUGAAGAAAACCCGCCUUGUUACAAAAUGUACAAUUGGGGCAAGUUCUUUGUGUCAAGGAACAGAAGUGAUUUCAAGAAGCUCCAAGUUGAGAACAUCCAGAUUGAUCACUUCAAGGCUUAA